CAACGUCUUUGCUCUCUCUGCAGAAGUGGUCACAUAGAGAUUAGAGAUAAUCUCUGUCGCCAUGGAUAAUCUGUUGGCUACCACGUUUUUGUCUUGUUUCUUCUUCUUCUUUGUAAUUUCUUCAGCAGAGGGUCAUAAGCUGCUGUCUGGUAAAAUGCGUUCUGAAGAUGACCUCAAGAGCUACUCUCAACUUGAUCUCCCUGGAGUGGUUGGCCCAGAAAGCAUUGCCUUUGAUUGCAACGGCAAAGGGCCAUAUGUUGGUGUUUCCGAUGGCAGAAUCCUCAAAUGGCAAGAACUUGGUUGGGCUGAGUUUGCUGUUUCUUCAUCCAACAGGGACAGGAAAGCCUGUGAUGGCUCAACAGACCCAGACAAGGAACCUAUUUGUGGAAGACCACUAGGCCUCAAAUUCAAUCCUGCAACUUGUGAUCUCUACAUUGCAGAUGCCUACUAUGGACUUCUAGUUGUAGGACCAAAAGGAGGUGUUCCCACACAGCUUGCUACUUCAGCUGAAGGAGUCCCUUUCAGAUUCACCAAUGGUUUAGACAUUGAUCCCAGAACAGGAGUGGUUUAUUUCACAGACAGCAGCAUUUACUUCCAGAGAAGGGUUUAUAUUUUGGCGAUCAUAAGCUCUGACAAAAGUGGAAGGCUAUUGAAAUAUGAUCCAAGGAGCAAGAAAGUGACAGUAUUGUUCAGAGGCUUAGCAUUUCCAAAUGGGGUGGCGCUGAGCAAAGACAAUUCGUUUAUUGUAGUUGCAGAAUCAGGCAGAUCAAGAAUCCUGAAGUUUGUGCUCGUGAAUUCUGAAAUUCAUUCCCCAGGAGAAGUGUUUGCUGAACUUGGAAGAUUGCCAGAUAACAUCAAGAGGAAUGAAAAUGGAGAGUUUUGGGUGGCAUUAAAUACUGGAAGAGGAAGGAUUCAGAGAAUGGGUGGUGAAUGGUUUGUGAAUGAUCCUGUAGGAAUCAAGUUCAGUGAGGAUGGAAAAAUAGUUAGGGCUUUGGAUGGAAAUGGUGGGAAAAUACUUGACUCGGUUAGUGAAGUUGAAGAGCAUUAUGGAAGGUUGUGGUUAGGAUCUGCUGUGCAGCCUUAUGUUGGCUGCAUGAAGAAUUAGCAGCAAUUGAUUGAAAUUAAGAAGUUAUAUAUAUUAUUAAUGGGAAAAUUACUUUUUAGUCC